AGUCGUGGAGGAGUCCACGGAUCUCGUCCCCUUAGUGGCCCGAUUCUGCUUUAUACUGGGGUGGGAGCGAGAGGGAGGCUGAGUUUGCGCGCUCCCGUGCGUGCCUGUCCGCUGCCCCUUCCCGCUGGCACUCUGGGUACGGGGUCUGCCUGGGACUCACGCUCUGCGCCGGUAUGCUGUCCCGGGCCCCAGAGCCAGUCCCCGCACCGACUUGAGGCCCGUGCCAGGCCACGGGGGCUUGGUGGCGCUGGAGCAGCCCUCCUCCCGGGCUGGCAAAGCACACAGGCUGAGUGCUGAGGAGAGGGACCAGCUGCUGCCAAACCUGAGGGCUGUGGGGUGGAAUGAGCUGGAAGGCCGCGAUGCCAUCUUCAAGCAGUUUCAUUUCAAAGACUUCAACAGGGCCUUUGGGUUCAUGACAAGAGUGGCCCUGCAGGCUGAGAAACUGGACCACCAUCCUGAAUGGUUUAACGUGUACAACAAGGUCCACAUCACACUGAGCACCCAUGAGUGUGCCGGCCUUUCAGAACGGGACAUAAACCUGGCCAGCUUCAUCGAACAAGUAGCAGUGUCCAUGACAUAGACCCUGCCCUUCCUCUUUGAAUUCUUCCAGGGGAAGGGGUGACUGAACUGGGAAUCCAGGGAGGGAGCUGAGGAGCCCUUACUCUCCCACCACUCCCCUCCCAAGACCCAGCCGCCGCCGUUGAGGGGUGAGUCCUUGCUGUGGGAUGUGCCAGUGUCCCCACCAACACCAGGAAUUUAGACCUUUUCCCUGCACCACUCUCUUCAUCCUGGGGGCUCUGUUACACUAAUUUGAAUAAACUCUCCCCUUUCUUUGCAACUUCCCAGCAACAAUAAUGAUUUUCUUGCCAGGCCGUGUCUUGCUCCCUAAUUCAUUUCCCAGGAAGCUGUGAUACAGGGUGAAAUAAAGUCUUGUCUUAGAAACCAGGACCCUAAACCCCACACUAUGUAAUAGAAACACAUGUGCUUUUAUGUCUCAAAUAAAACUAUUAUAUCACUUGG